GGAUGAAAACAAGGUUUAUAUUUUGUUUUUUCUUUCAAAAACGAUGGACAACUCGAAUGGAAUCCAUUACAUUGAGCUGUCGCGGAAUCCCAUACGCUUCGAUGCCGUCAGCCAGCUAACGAAUGUCUUCUUCGAUGACUCCAACAAGCAGAUCUUUGCUGUACGUUCGGGCGGUGCCACAGGCGUCGUGGUAAAGGGCCCUGUCCCCAACGAGGACACGGUUAUAUCCUUUUGCAUGAACGAUAGAGGCGGAGCCAUUCGUUCGAUUAAAUUCUCGCCGGAUAAUCAAAUAUUGGCUGUGCAGCGGAAAGAGAAUGCAGUGGAGUUCGUCUGCUUCCAGGGGGAGCAGCCUAUGCUGCAGGACAUCAUCACGCAUCAGGUGAAGACGAUGAUCCAUGGCUUCGUGUGGAUCCACAACAGGGAGGUGGCCCUGAUAUCCAACACUGGCGUAGAAGUCUACACUGUACUGCCGGAGAAGCGUCAAGUGCGUUCUGUCAAGUCCCUGAGCAUCAGCAUCAAGUGGUUCGCGUGGUGCUGCGAUGCCAAUGUCGCCCUGCUCUGCACCACCGAGGGCAACAGCCUGGUGCCCGUGCUGGUCAAGCAGAAGGUCAUCACCAAGCUACCAAAGGUGGAUUUAGCCAGUCCCAGUCGCGAGGUUCAGGAAAGCAAAGUCACUCUCGGACAAGUGUAUGGCGUCCUGGCGGUUCUCAUACUCCAGUCGAACAGCAGCUCAGGCAUGAUGGAAGUGGAAGUUCAUCUGCUAAACGGUCCAGGGUUGGCUCCCCGAAAGUGCCAUGUUCUGCGCCUCAGUCUCGUAGGACGCUUUGCCAUCAAUACGGUAGACAAUCUGAUUGUGGUGCAUCAUCAGGCCACUGGGACAUCGCUGCUCUUCGACAUAUCCCUUACCGGAGAGGUCAUUCAGGAUAUCACGUACCAUGCCCCCAUUACAACGGGUCGUUCCAUCAAACCCUUUGGCUUGAAGCUGCCCUCUCUAUCGCCCGAUGGACAAAUCCUCCAAUGCGAGCUGUAUUCCACACAUUGGGUGCUGUUCCAGCCGAACAUUGUGAUCGACGCAAAGCUGGGAUGCAUGUGGUACUUGAAUCUGUGCAUUGAUCCGAUUUGUAAUCUGAUUUCCGAUCGCAUACGUCUCACAGAGUUCCUGCUGCAGCGAAGCAGUGGCAAGCAGGUUCUGCUGAAGGUCCUCGGACAGCUGGUGGAUGAUCAAUACAAGGGCACGCUGCUGCCCGUCCUAGAGACCAUUUUCAGCAGGAUUAACAAGAUCUAUGCCUCCUGGGUGCAGUUGGAGCUGCAGAAUCAAACGGCACAGCCCUCGAACGUAAAGACAUCAACGGUGAAGCACACCUCUCCCCCCAUUGUUCUCAUAGAGCAGUUGGAUAUGGUUCAGAUAUUCCAGAGGAUAGCCAGGAGGCCCCACACCGAAACUAUUUUGAUGCUGUACCUCCAAUCGUUGAAUAAAUUCAACAUUGCCGCCCAGGAGGAGCUCUCGAAGAUGAUCAUCAGCGAGCUGAUUCACAAUCAUAGCUUCGAUACACUGCGUCGUCUCGUUAGCUAUUCCAUGGUGCUGGAAUCAAAGGCGGUGGCUUGCUUUCUGCUCUCCCAUUCGGAUGUGGAUACGGCCAUAUCACAGGUGGCCAUCGAUAUGCUGGGGAAGAUUCAGGCACAUGAGAUCAUCAUUGAGGUGAUGUUGGGGCAAGGCAAAGUGAUUGAUGCUCUGCGUUUGGCCAAGAAUUCUUUGGGCCUUGAUAAAGUCCCUGCUCGCAAAUUCCUGGAGGCUGCCCAUAAAACCAACGAUGAUUUGAUAUUUCACAGUGUUUUCAGGUUCUUUCAGAUGAGAAAUCUAAAAUUAUACGAGACCCUGGCUUUUCCCAAAGCAGAACAGUGCACGGAGUUUAUACAGCAUUAUAAUAGCACCUUUCCUGUGGAUAACUCCCUGAAACCUCAAAUAAGUUGAGGAACUCUAUGAGAAAUGUGAUUAAAUGGGAAUUUUCAGAGGAGAAAAUCCCAAAAUCCUUUCCACAAUCGGAGUGCAAUAUAGAAUAUAAUUUGAUAUUGUAUUAUAUGCGUAUAUGUAUAGUCUAUAAAUAACCUUUAAGGAUAUAU